AUGGCUGAAAGAGCAGCAAAUGAGCCUGCUGAGUCCGAUAAAGCCCUUCUCAGGGCAGCUUUAAAUGGCCAUUUCGAUUUAGUUCGGUAUUUCGUUGGUCAAGGAGCAUACAUUGAAACUUGUGAUAUUCAUGGUCAGACAUCUCUUCACUAUGCAUCAAUAAAGGGUCAUCUCGAUGUAGUUAAGUAUCUCAUUGGUCAAGGAGCACAGAUUGAUAAGCCUACUAAACUUGGUGCAACACCACUUCAUGCUGCAUCAACAAAGGGUCAUCUUGACUUAGUUGCGUACCUCGUUGGUCAAGGAGCACAGGUUGAGAGGGGCGACAAUACUGGUUGGACACCUCUUCACUCUUCAUCACGCAAUGGUCAUCUCGAUGUAGUUAAGUUUCUCAUUGGUCAAGGAGCACGGAUUGAUAAGCCUACUAAAAGUGGUGAAACGGCUCUUCUUUUUGCAUCAGGUGAAGGUCAUCGUGACGUAGUUGAGUACCUCGUUGGUCAAGGAGCAAAGGUUGAGGAGAGUAAUAAUAAUGGUUUUACACCACUCUAUGCUGCAUCAACAAAGGGUCAUCUUGACUUAGUUGCGUACCUCGUUGGUCGAGGAGCACAGGUUGAGAGGGGCGACAAUACUGGUUGGACACCGCUUCUUCGUGCAUCACAAGGAGGUCAUCUUGAUGUAGUUCAGUACCUCCUUGGUCAAGCAGCACAGGUUGAGAUAGGUGAUAAUACUGGUUGGACACCACUUCAUGCUGCAUCAAACAACGGUCAUGUUGAUGUAGUUCAGUACCUCGUUAGUCAAGGAGCACAGGUAGAAAGGGGUGAUAAUAAUGGUUUGACACCACUUCAAGAUGCAUCACACAAAGGUCAUCGUGACAUAGUUGAGUACCUCGUUGGACAGGGAGCACAAAUUGACACUUGUGAUAUUCAUGGCCAGACAUCUCUUCACUAUGCAUCAAUAAAGGGUCAUCUCGAUGUAGUUAAGUAUCUCAUUGGUCAAGGAGCACAGAUUGAUGAGCCUACUAAACUUGGUGCAACGGCUCUUCAUUGUUCAUCACACAAUGGUCAUCGUGACAUAGUUGAGUACCUCGUUGGACAGGGAGCACAAAUCGACACUUGUGAUAUUGAUGGUCAGACACCUCUUCACUCUUCAUCACGCAAUGGUCAUCUUGAUGUAGUUAAGUAUCUCAUUGGUCAAGGAGCACAGAUUGAUAAUCCUAUUAAACUUGGUGCAACGGCUCUUCAUUUUGCAUCAGAUGCAGGUCAUCGUGACAUAGUUGAGUACCUCGUUGGUCAAGGAGCACAGGUUGAGAGAGGUACUAAUAAUGGUUUUACACCACUUCAUGCUGCAUCAACAAAGGGUCAUCUUGACUUAGUUGCGUACCUCGUUGGUCAAGGAGCACAGGUUGAGAGGGGCGACAAUACUGGUUGGACACCGCUUCUUAGUGCAUCACAAGGAGGUCAUCUUGACGUAGUUAAGUACCUCGUUGGUCGAGGAGCACAGGUCAAGAGAGGUACUAAUAAUGGUUCGACUCCGCUUCAAGUUGCAUCACGCGAUGGUCAGCUUGAUGUAGUUCAAUACCUCGUUGGUCAAGGAGCACAGGUUGAGAGGGGCAAUAAUGACGGUUUGACUGCACUUCUUGCUGCGUCAAGCAAUGGUCAUAUUGAUGUAGUUAAGUACCUCGUUGGUCAAGGAGCACAGGUCGAGAGAGGUGCUAAUAAUGGCUUGACUCCACUUCUUGCUGCAUUAAGCAAUGGUCAUCUUGAUGUAGCUCAGUAUCUCACGAGUAAACAAGCAAAGAGGAAAGAAGCAUCACCUGAAGUCUCUGAUGCAAGGUCGUCUGUUCCUCAACCGUUCUUCAAUCUUAAAACAAUUAUGAUGGCGGACCUCACUAUUAAGGACUCCAGUGGGGGAAAACAUGCCUUCCAUAAGAAGAAAGCAAGGAAACUGGAAGGCUGUCAUUUGGGUGGAGGCUCUUUUGGGGAGGUCUACAAGGCUACUCAUGCAGUACAUGGUGAUGUAGCUGUGAAGCUUGCUAAACCUGGUAAAGAAGAUCAAGUGAAGAUGUACAAGAAGGAGGCUCGAAAGCACGAGAAUUCCCUCAUAUGUGAGCACAUUGUCCCCAUCAAAGGGUUUGUGGAGUGUGAAGAUGAUGCAUGUAACUGUGGCCUUAUUGGUAUCGUCAUGAAAUACAUGGAGAAUGGAUCUCUUUGGGACUUCCGCACUACUAAAUGGCAACAGCACCCCGACCUCUUGCCUCUGACCAACAGGAUGGUCUAUGAAAUGUCGUCUGGAAUGCAAUUUCUCCACUCAAAAGAUAUCAUUCACCGGGAUCUCAAGCUGGAGAACGUUCUAGUAGAUGGUGAUCUUCAUGUCAAGAUUGCAGAUCUUGGCCUUGCAACCAAUCUCCAAACUUCAUUUGGUGAUAGAUGUUGUGGCACGCACAGUCACAAGCCGCCAGAAGCUUUUAGAACAGACAUACCCAACUCAAUUAUGAUUGGUACUCCAAAGUAUGAUGUCUACAGGUAA